UAUUGUCGCUACCAGUGCAUUGUAACUCUGUAUCUCUUUGUCCUUGUUGUCCUGGAUCCUCUAUUGUCGCUACCAGUGCAUUGUAACUCUGUAUCUCUUUGUCCUUGUUGUCCUGGAUCCUCUAUUGUCGCUACCAGUGCAUUGUAACUCUGUAUCCCUUUGUCCUUGUUGUCCUGGGUCCUCUAUUGUCGCUACCAGGGCAUUGCAACUAUGUAUCCCCAUGUCCUUGUUGUCCUGGGUCCUCUAUUGUCGCUACCAGUGCAUUGUAACUCUGUAUUCCUUUGUCCUUGUUGUCCUGGGACCUAUAUGGUCUCUACCCGUGCAUUGUUACUCUGUAUCCCUUUGCCCUUGUUGUCCUGGGACCUCUAUUGUCGCUACCCGUGCAUUGUAACUCUGUAUCCCUUUGUCCUUGUUGUCCUUGGUCCUCUAUUGUCACUACCAGUGCAUUGUAACUCUGUAUCGCUUUGUCCUUGUAUUCCUUGGUCCUCUAUUGUCACUACCAGUGCAUUGUAACUCUGUAUCCCUUUGUCCUUGUUGUCCUGGGUCAGUUGGUGUAUUGUGCAUUAGUAUCUGACAGUGUGUUUGUGGCCGUCACAGUUACAAAGGGGCCCAGUAUUCCGUUCUUGAGCGUAAAACCCCUGGCCAACAUUAGCCUUCUGUCAUCCUUGGUUUUAGAUCCUGGCUGCAUUCAGGUGACAUUAUAGCAGAGAAAGACACAUCUUGGUCCUUCAUUAGAUAUCAGUAUGUUCAGGUUUGUUUUCUUCAACUGGUGAUUUUAAAGAACCACACGAAUUCAAAUCUAUUUGCCACGUAUAAACAAUAUCUGUAGCUAUAAACCUGGUGGAGUGGACAACGUCUAUUCCUUGGUCUGUACCACAUGAACCCUACCACCGUGAGGCUAUGAUUCAGCCUGCAUUCGUAUCACCACAUAUAAUGUAUGUAACAAAAACAAAUAUUUGUCAUUUCAAACACUAGUUGGCAGAGGUUUUUGAGUUUGCCAACCUAUGUUUGCAAAAAGAUGCUGUCGACUUUAAACAUCGCUUCAUGGUUCCAGCAGGUGUACGUCACCCCAUGCUACAGUAGGCUUGUAAACGUGAACACAGGGUAAGACGGUUGUGUUGUCACCGACAUCAAACUCACGAAAUCUCAACUGUGUGUAGUUCAACACUAGUGCCUGGGUUAAUAAUUAGGACUGUGGCACAAUCGAAUAAAUAAUAUAUUUAGUGAAUUGCUUACGAUUCACUUUGAUUGAAUGUGUGCUUUCAAAUUACUAGGCAAUGUGAGGACACUGAGAAUCUGGGACGAUUCAUACGACAUACAUAGAGUGUUGGUGACCUGUCAUACCCCUGAAUAUUGCUGGGUGCUGGCUUUAGAACAGAUCAUCUCGGAUCCAUAUUUUUGUUUUGUAUUGAAAAAAACUAAAAUGUACAAUAUUAUUACUCGUUAAUUUGAUAUAGAACCACUUCAGCCUUGAUCGUCAUCCGGGACUUCGUCUGAGUUUAACGUCACUUGUGAACAAUAUUUUAGUUACAUGACAGUCAAAGUUGUUAGUACAUGUAUUGAUAGAAACCCAUUCCAGAUUGGAGGACCGGUUUAUGUAACGAUGCAUAUCGUUCAGCAUGUAUACUGCUGCAAAACAAUAUGAAAUAGUGAAACCAGAAUGGGAAUUGCGAUCGACCACGAGGUUUGUGAUAACAGCUAAACUGGAAUUGCGCUACUGGGAAGACAACCUUGACAAAAGUUCCGCCGUCACGGAAUGCAUUUGCAAUUGAAUAACCUGACUAUGACGACACGUUAUCUUUACCCAAUGAAGGCAGGUGUCUGGAGCGUCACGCGAGUAGGCAACACUCAAAGUCCAGGUUUCGUUUUGAAGCUGAACAAGGCGACGGCCAUAUUUGGGUUCUUGUUUGUUUCUUAACUGUACCUUCAUCCCAGCGACAUUCCCACACACAUGACGUCAAAAGAUGGCUGCCCGCCACGUUGUCGUCAUCCGGAGGAACCACAAGUACCUGAAGGAGUACCUUCAGGUGGACCCUGUGCUGGACGCCUUGUUGGAGGACGAUGUCUUCACACAGGAGGACUAUGACAGGUGUAGACAGGCUGGGUCGGAGAAAUGUGAGAGGCUGUUAGAAAUAUUAAAGAAGAAGGGACAAGAAGGGUACUGGACACUGUGUGCUGUCCUUGAUUCCUCACAGCCGUUCAUCAAACAACGGCUUGAUGAAACCUCCAUGGAAGCAGGUUGUUCAGAUCUCGUCUAUGUCAACAAGUUCAAGCUGGAAGCUCAGUACAAAAAGGAACUUGGUGACAAAGAGGACCAGAUAGCUGAACUGCAAUCUGCAAUGGAAAGAAUUGAGGAACAACUAAAACAAAAAGACUUGGACCACGCUGAACGGGAGGAAGCAAUUAAAAAGGAGAGAGAGGAACACAUAGCACAGCUAGAAAAGCAGAAGGAGGAAGUAGAAACAUUGAAAAUGCAACUGUCAAAGUCAAACGAUGAUUUGCAGCAAAGCCAGGCAGAAUGUGACGACGUGAAGAAGAGACUGCAUGAAGAACAGGAGGCAUACGAGGCCUUGACAGGGGUUCCUAGGCCACAGUCCCCAGAUAUGGAAGACAAUGCAGUGCCGGUCCAACAUACAGGUUCCAGUGACAGAAUGUGCCAGUUUUCAACUCAAUCUUGCUGUGAUGAAAGUCAGCUUUGUCUCCUUCCAUGUCUUCAUUCUGCCUGCAAACCAUGCAUUGAUCACCACUCUGUCCAAGCACAGCAGAAGUGCCUCCAAUGUCCCUGUGGUCGUGAGUUCAACAUGGAACAGACUGAAGUAGAUCCUGUUGGACGCAAUGAGGCUGCCUAUGCUGCCAACGUUGAGGGAGACAAGAAAUGUAACUACAUUGAGGGAGAUCAUGACGCAAAGGCUGAGGUGUACUGUCACGAAUGUGAUAACCUGCUCUGCUCCGACUGCCAUGAACAUCAUGACCUGCCGAAACGGAAUAGAAACCACAGAGUGGAGGAGGUCAAUCAGACAGAGAAUAUCCCCAUGAGGCAUUGGCUGAAGGAACCUAAUUGCAGAGACCACCCUGAGAACAGGCUGCAGCUGUAUGACCACACAUGUAAGAAGGCUAUCUGUAUUGUAUGUCUACAUGGGGCCCAUAGAGAUCACAAGAAAGAAGACUUGAAUCAUGCCCAUGAGAAGGCAAAGGGUCAGCUGGAGGAAAAGUUGCAGAAUCAACAACGUAAACUGAAAGAUGUCACAGACAGAAGGGCAACUGUCAACAGUCACCAAGAUGAACUGAGCAAUAAACAGAGAAAGCUGGAACAAGCCAUCAUUACGGUUUGUAAAAGUGUGGCUGUAAAGUCCCUUCAUCGACAGCGAAAACUGAGGGAAGAGGUCAAAAUGAAUCUGGAGGCCCAUAAUAAAACAGUUCAAGAGACCCUUGACACUAUACAUGACGUCCAUACUUCCAUUGCAUCCACGAUAGACUACACACAGAGAACACUGGAAUCCACAAGAAGAGAGGAGCUAAUCACUAUCACUGCUGCAAUACUGAAGAAAUGUGAUGAAAAUCUGAAGAGGGAACUUCCAGACGAUGACACAAAAGAUACAAGGAUCCUCCUUUCCUUUCAAGGCCAGAAAGCACUGGAGAAACUCAUCGAUACAUUUGGUGGCCUUGUCUCCUCUCUUCACUUGGAUCAUAUUCCAGACACACAGCCUACUUAUCAAAAUCUGCUUAAACAGAUACACCUGCUGACAUUGAGAGAACAAAAAACAAUCACGCUGCAUGAAGGACGAUGGCGUCAGCUUCUCCAGAUUAUACAUGACAUCACAGGAAUCAAGGAAUGCGACUCUACUGUAUCUGGAUCACAGGAACUCCAGCCUGCACAGCUGACAUCACAAGACGUUUAUGAAGCUGUCACCAAACUCACAAUUCGAGCAUGCAUCUCCGCUGAGACAGUACCACGUGAAAUCUUCUUGCGAGGCUUUUCUAGCACACUGCACAUCGUCAACGGGGACAGCGGUGUCACAUACUUCAUGUGUCCUAAACUACAACUGGACGCUGCUCGAGCCAACACAGACUACUGCCACGUAACUACAGACGGUGAGCUGGUCACCUCGCGGCGCACCACACGACACAGAGACAGCGGCAGGUUACAGAGAUACUUCGGCACCUGUAGUUCCACCCCCAUCCCCCUUACUCCACCCCCCUCUAAUGUCACCCCUGCCCCGCACACACCACGAUACUGGGAGACCCACUCCAGGGUGGGUGUGGAGGGUGGUGAGUGCUGGCCUGUCCUGGAGAUGGGUGUGGGGGAGGAGAGCCAGGUGGACAGUGAGUGGUAUGUUUAUGAACAGCGCCGCUCCUGGUGUGUCGUUGUAGGGAGCUGUAACACACACCGGGGGAGUAUCUGUACCAGGGUGUGUCAGCCGGGGGAGUGGGGGAAGUGUUACAGUGACACAAUGUCUUCCAGACCCGGCACACAGGCCACCCUCCACUAUGGCGUUGUGCUGGAUGUGGGGAGGGGGAGACUCGCCUUCAUCGAUCUCCACAGGAAGAUUGUUUUGGCCAAGGUGGAUGUUGAGUGGAGGGAGUCUCUUCUCCCCAUGUUUACUGUUGGGCUGCCAGAUGACUUCACAGUCAACAUGAAGGUGGUCAGCGGGGUGGACAUCACCAUGACUGACUCCAAGAAGUCACUUAUUUAUAACGCCCUCACAUAGGAAAUAAAAUAAACAUGAAAUUGUGUAAACUUGUAAGUGUGACAUAUUUAUUUAAACUGUCAAAAGUAAUGUGAUUGUAUUGACUGAGGCGGACAUAGAAGUUACCUGUCUAUGUGUUGUUUGUUAUGUACAAGAAUGUAACAAGGUUAACUAAAAAUGUUGUUUUCUACUCUGUAAUAUAAUUGUUUUAAAUCCC